GUGAACAAUAACAGAUAAUAGUUUUUUCGAUAUCAUAAUUUGAAGCACGAACAAAAAUUAAUUUCCCGAAAUGCUCCUAAGGGCACAUGCACCAAAUAAAAGGAAGAUCUCUGAUGUACUUAGAACAAUACGUUAUAAAAAAAUAAAAAAAAUCAGUCGCAAAUUUAAUGUUUGUUUGGCGAAUUUCAUAAAUUAAAAGAGAUAUUAAAAUUUCAAAGCAAUUUGGAAAAAAUAAAGUUUGAAUUUUUCUGGUUUGUGUUCAAACUAAACAAAACCUGAAAGAGUUGACAAUUAAAACAUGAAAGCAUUUCAUAAAAGCCUUUUUUAAAUAGUAUUGUUUUUUUUAUUUAACUAAUCACAUAUCUCUCCCAACCCCUUGGCGAAUUUACCCCAAGGGUAAGGCGGUAUAGCUAUUUUUGGUCAGUGCGGAAAAGUUAAGAAAAUAUGUACUUUAAGAUGACAUAGGAAAGAUUGAAAUGGAAAAAACUAAAGCCAACAUACAUAUUUUAUUACGAAUAAAUAAAAAAUGAAAAUAUGUAUUGUGGUUUUAAUUUGAGAACGUUGAUAUAAAUGUUAAUAUAUCGUUGUGUUCAUCAUUUUAUAUGAGUUAAGGGACUUCAAAUAAUUCUUAAUGAGAAAUUCAAAACAAGUUGGCAAACAAAAUUCAAAAUUCUACCGUUUACAAAGAUGAGCGAAAUCUACUUAGCGCUGCUAAAUACCUACAAGAAGAUUUUUGAAUAAAAUAAUGGUUUUGUUUUUACUGUUGCACGCUAUAUUCAAGUAUUUAAAAUGUUAAUGAAAAUAUUUUUGAAAAUUUGCGGUUGUCUGCGCAGCGGAUUUGUAAAUGACAGAAAGUUAAAGAAUUGUUUAAAUAUUUUGCUGUUAAUGUCACAGCUUCUACUGUUAAUAGCUGUAACACCUCAAAUUACCAAAGUUUCGGCUGCUGCCGCUGCUGGUGCAACAACAAUAGAUUUAACUACAGUUUAUACGCCAAUUAGUAAAUCUACUGCUGCUGUGGGAGCACGCAGUGUUAAAACUAAACUUUUAAAACAACCACCACCAGCACCGCCCACACCUUUGGCCACACAUUCAAAACCACCAUUAGAACAUCAAGCUUUAAAGUCCAAUGAUGAUCUUAAUUUAAUAGUGGCACCCUCUAAAUCAUAUAUAACCCAGCCGACAACAUUACCACCACCUAAGUUAUUGAAAAGAUCGGGUCAAACGGCUGAAUUAAAACAAAAGAAACCUUUAAAGGAUAUACGCAAUCGUACUCAAGAAAUUGAAAGAUCCUCUAAGUUACAAAUGGAAGUGCCUGAUCAUAUACCCGACUCUUCGGGUCAUAUACCUUAUCGCAUAAGUCGACCUCAUCUACCGCCACCUCCUUCAGCUUCUGAUUAUGAUACUACAGGUUCUAAUCCACCCUCUUCGACUGGCAGUGCCGCUUACCAUGCGGGUCCACCUUAUGAAGCGGAAAAAUAUCAUAGUGAAUAUUGGGAUCGUGAUUAUAGCAAACAAUUUGGACUUAAUAACACAAGAGUACAACAUAUCGAGGCAGAGUGUCAGGAUGAUUAUAUGAAAAUACGGAUUGGCUUCAAUGGAUCAUUUAGCGGUUUGGUUUACUCUGCCGGUUAUGCUUACGAUCCAGAUUGUAUGUACAUUAAUGGUUCAGGCAGAGAUUACUAUGAAUUCUAUAUACAACUUAACAGAUGUGGAACAUUGGGUAAAAAUGCUUUACACGAUGAUAAUCGUAAAAAUCCUACGAAUUUCAUGUGGAACACCGUGACCGUUCAGUACAAUCCAUUAAUCGAGGAGGAAUAUGAUGAGCAUUUUAAGGUGACCUGUGAAUAUGGUUAUGAUUUCUGGAAGACAGUGACAUUUCCCUUUCUAGAUGUAGAAAAUUUAAAUGAAUUUGAUUCACAACGUAGGGUGGCCACCGGUAAUCCAGUUGUCUUCACCCUAAGUCCGCCAGAAUGUUAUAUGGAAAUACAAAAUGGUUAUGGUAUAGGAGGACCACGGGUAACGGGACCAGUAAGGGUGGGAGAUCCCUUGACUUUGAUUAUUUAUAUGAGAAGUAAAUAUGAUGGUUUUGAUAUUGUGGUAAAUGAUUGCUUUGCCCACAAUGGCGCCAAUAAACGUAUACAACUGAUUGAUCAAUAUGGCUGCCCGGUAGAUGAUAAAUUGAUAUCACGUUUUCGAGGUUCCUGGUCAGAUUCGGGAGUAUUUGAGACCCAGGUUUAUGCUUAUAUGAAAACGUUUCGAUUUACCGGUUCUCCAGCUUUAUAUAUAGAAUGUGAUGUGCGCAUGUGUCAUGGCAGAUGUCCGAGUCAACCCUGUCAUUGGCGUAAUUUGAAAACCGUUACCAAACGUGAUCUUAGCAACAUAACAUCAGAUACAACAGCCACUGCUGCAGUGGCAGAUGUUGUUAUGGAGACCACAGAUAAACCGGACACUCCUCUAUCGGAAAAUGUUAAUCUCUUUCAGUCAUUGCGUGUUUUACAAGAAGGUGAAGCAGAUGAUGAUGGUUCCUAUACCUACGCUCGACGCUUUGAGGCAAAUCCUAAUCAAACUUGUUUGAAAACAAGUACUUUCUCUGCUAUGACCGCCACUUUUUCAGUUAUGCUUUGCAUAUUAUCUGCUUCUCUAAUGGUGGCCUGUUCACGUUUGAAACAGCGUAAAAAGGAUUCUUUAUAUGAUACAUAUGUUACGCAUAAAGGACAAAUUGAUUGAGUAUUAUUUAAUUUAGAUUUUAUUUCUUUGAUUUAUUUCUUUGUAAAUACUAUUUUUAACAAUAAUUUUUAUAAUUUUAUGAUAAGUUCUAUUUUAGUAUGAUUUAUUUUUGUUAAGUUUUAGAUAUAAAUUUGCGAUGAUACGAUAUACUUUUUUUAUAUACAUACAUAUAAUUUAAACACAUUACAUACGAGUAUUAUUAAUCAUGAUAGAAUAAAGAUUUUUUAUACAAUAGAUA